AUGAGGAGCGGGAAGGCCUCCUGCGCCCUGGAGACCGUCUGGGAGGACAAGCAGAAGUAUGAGGAAGCCGAGGGGCCCUUCCACGAGCAUGAGGCUGCGCGAGCCGCCGCCCCCGCCACCGCCCAGCAGCUCCUGGCCGCAGCCCCGGCUGUGAACGGGCCAGGUGGGGAGGAUGUGGAGGAGGCAGACGCCCCCGACGGCAGCAGGAGCGACCGCGGGAAGAGCCCCAACGGGAAGAAGCCCCUGCAGAAGAAGAGGAAGCGCUCCCCAAGGGGCUGGCUCAGCCAGGCGGACCUGGCCCUUGUGGGCCUCUCAGCUGACCACGUCUGGCUGGACAAGCCGCUUUUUGACCAGGCGGAGAGUUCCUACCACCAGAGGCUGGCAGACGUGGCUGCCCAGGCCCCCUGGGGUCCCUGCACUCAUGGAAGCCAGGUUGCCUGCCACCACGUGACCUUGGGCAUCUGGGUCAACAAGUCUUCCUUUGACCAGGCAGAGCGGGCGUUCGUGGAAUGGUCUCAGGCAUUGCUGCUGGCUGUAGAGGGGGGCGGCCGGCAGGCAGCUCCCGACACAGGCCAGCAGGCAGCCGCCCCGGACCUGCACCUCAUCCGCCAGCCCAGCCCACCGGCCAACAGCCAGCCCCCACUGGGCAGCCUGCAGGCGCUCGUGCAGGGGGUGUGGCUCGAGAAGCCACGGUACGACGCAGCCGAGAGGGGCUUCUACGAGGCCAUGUUUGACGGCCACCCUCCUGGGAAGGUGCGCCUGCAGGAGCGGGCCGGUGCCGAGUGCCGCCACCAUGCUGCCGAGGCCCUGCGCACGGCCUGGCGCCUUGAAGCCGCAUCCCUGGCCCGCCAGCCCAGCGCCCGGUCUGGCCCUUCCGUGUCCAGCCUGAGAUCCAAGAAAAUGGACAACUUCCUUGUGCACGAGAAGAUCUGGUUCGACAAGUUCAAGUACGACGAUGCAGAAAGGAGGUUCUACGAGCAGAUGAACGGGCCCGUGGCCGGCUCCUCCCGCCAGGAGAACGGCGCCAGUGUGAUCCUCCGUGACAUUGCGAGAGCCAGAGAAAACAUCCAGAAGUCCCUCGCCGGGAGCUCGGGGCCUGGGGCCACCAGUGGGCCCAGUGGAGACCACAGUGAGCUGGUCGUCCGGAUUGCCAGCCUGGAGGUGGAGAACCAGAGCCUGCGAGGGGUGGUGCAGGAUCUGCAGCAGGCUGUCUCAAAGCUGGAGGCCCGGCUGAGCGCACUGGAGAAGAGCUCACCAGCCCACCGAGCCACGGCCCCACAGACGCAGCACGUGUCUCCCAUGCGCCAAGUGGAGCCCCCUGCCAGGAAGGUGGCCACUGCCACGGAGGAUGACGAGGAUGAUGACAUCGACCUGUUUGGCAGCGACGAGGAGGAGGACAGGGAGGCGGCCCGGCUGCGGGAGGAGAGGCUGCGGCAGUACGCUGAGAAGAAGGCCAAAAAGCCUGCCCUGGUGGCCAAGUCCUCCAUCCUCCUGGAUGUCAAGCCUUGGGAUGACGAGACAGACAUGGCCCAGCUGGAGGCCUGCGUGCGCUCCAUCCAGAUGGACGGGCUGACGUGGGGGGGCUCCAAGCUGGUGCCGGUGGGCUACGGCAUCCACAAGCUACAGAUCCAAUGUGUGGUGGAGGACGACAAGGUGGGGACAGACCUGCUGGAAGAGGAGAUCACCAAGUUCCAGGAGCACGUGCAGAGCGUCGACGUUGCUGCUUUCAACAAGGUCUGAGCCUGGCACUGGGCCUGUGUGUGUGAAGUCUUGCAGCCAAUAAAGACAGAUUCCAGCUCUC